UCUAGACAUGGAAGUGCCAAAGUCAUGCAUGCCUUGGUCUCAAAGAUUAGGUGACCAGCCGGUGUCAAGUUGCCAGACGCCAGUAUUUUUGGCCUAUAUAUAACCCCUAAUGGCUAAUGAUCUAAAAACCAUAGUACACUUCUGAACUUUUUAUCUUCUUCUACUUUAAUUUGUGAAAUAUAAUAUAUUUAUAUUUGAUCACUUCUGAGAAUGGCUGCUUCUUCUUCAUUAAGUAUCGUUGUCAUGUUUGUUCUUGUGCUUUUGAUCAUCAUGGGGAGCAGUACUUCUGCUCAUCUCUCAACAAAUUUCUACUCUAAAUCCUGUCCAAAGGUCUUCUCUACGGUUGAGUCUGUAGUUCAAUCUGCAGUGUCAAAAGAGCGCCGCAUGGGUGCUUCUCUCGUCCGCUUGUUCUUCCACGACUGUUUUGUCAAUGGCUGUGAUGGGUCAAUACUCCUAGAUGACACUUCUUCUUUCAGAGGGGAGAAAACUGCAGGUCCCAACAAUAAUUCCUUGAGAGGAUUUAAUGUUGUUGAUGAAAUUAAGGCCAAGGUGGAGAAAGUAUGUCCUGGUGUAGUUUCCUGUGCUGAUAUCUUAGCCAUUGCAGCUCGGGACUCUGUUGUUAUUCUAGGAGGGCCCGACUGGGAUGUUAAACUCGGAAGAAGGGAUUCAAAAACCGCCAGCUUUUCUGCUGCCAAUAGUGGUGUCAUCCCACCUCCUAGUUCUACCCUUAGCCAACUCAUCAAUAGAUUCCAAGCGCGAGGUCUUUCUGCCAAGGACAUGGUUGCAUUAUCUGGAGCUCACACAAUUGGGAAGGCAAGGUGCUUAAUUUUCAGAGAUCGCAUAUACAAUGAGACAAACAUUGAUAGUUCAUUUGCAAAGGCAAGGCGAAGUAGCUGCCCAAGAACCAGUGGCUCAGGGGACAACAAUCUUGCACCUCUAGACGUCGGAACCCCAAAUUCUUUUGACUCAAAAUACUUCCAAAACCUGUUAAACAAAAAGGGUCUGCUCCACUCAGACCAAAUACUCUUCAAUGGUGGAUCCACCGAUUCAUUGGUUAAAACAUACAGUAGCAAUAUCAAGACAUUCUAUUCCGACUUUGUUACUGCAAUGAUAAAGAUGGGAGAUAUUACGCCACUCACCGGAUCCAGCGGUGAAAUCAGGAAGAAUUGCAGGAGGCCUAAUUAAUUGCUGGAGAUAAUUAUUUAAUCUCUUUGGUUUGGAAAUGAAAGUGUUCUUUUGCUUUGGUCCAAUAAUUGACGACUAGCCGAUUCGUUUUCUUAUAUCGUAGUAGGGCAGUAACAAUGAAAAACUGUACUAGCUAUUCCUGAUAAUUAAAUCCCCCGAAAAAAAAAGACUCGGAGGAUGAUUUCAUAUUGAGUUCCCAAAGGGACAAUCUUGUGUAAUAUGCUGUGUAGGGCUGGUUGUUAUUUUUAUGCAAAUUAAUGGAUAAU